GGGGUGCGCACAGCUUGCGUGGUUCAGAAAUCACAUCUGGAUAACGGCUGUUCCUCCAAAACUGAAGAAACUGAAGAGCCCAAAUGUUCACGUCGGGGAAAAAAUUUCACUGAAAUGUGAGGCUACUGCAGGGAAUCCCCAGCCCUCCUACAAGUGGUAUAAAGAUGGCAAAGAACUGAAGAAGAGCAAGGACAUCCGAAUAAAAUAUGGGAAUGGCAAAAAAAUUUCCAGGCUGCAGUUCAAUAAGGUGAAGCUGGAAGACGCUGGGGAGUAUAGCUGUGAAGCCGAGAAUGUGCUAGGGAAAGACACAGCAAAAGGCAGCCUUAAUGUGAGAAGUGGAACAACGAAUGCACCACAAGUCUUACCUGCUUCAGAAACUAAAUUAGUUGUAAUGGAAGACGAGUUAGCGACCACACUCUCCUCCUGGUCAGGACACGCCAGAAAAUGCAACGAAACAGCCAAAUCCUAUUGCGUCAACGGCGGAGUGUGCUACUACAUCGACGGGAUCAAUCAGCUGUCUUGCAAAUGUCCAAAUGGAUUCUUCGGACAGAGAUGUUUGGAAAAACUGCCUUUGCGAUUGUACAUGCCAGAUCCUAAGCAAAAAGCUGAAGAGCUCUAUCAGAAGAGAGUUUUAACCAUCACUGGGAUCUGCGUUGCAUUGCUUGUGGUUGGAAUAGUAUGUGUGGUCGCUUACUGUAAAACCAAAAAACAACGAAAACAAAUGCAUAACCAUUUACGGCAAAAUAUGUGUCCCGCCCAUCCAAACCGGAGCCUUGCCAACGGCCCCAGUCACCCUCAGCUGGAUCCGGAGGAAAUUCAGAUGGCUGAUUAUAUUUCUAAAAACGUUUCUGCCACUGACCAUGUGAUACGGAGGGAAACAGAGACGACGUUUUCAGGAAGUCAUUCCUGCUCCCCAUCUCACCAUUGCUCCACAGCUAGUCCAACUUCAAGCCAGAGGCAGGAAAGCCACACAUGGAGCUUGGACCGCACGGAGAGCCUGACUUCUGAUUCGCAGUCUGGUAUGAUGCUCUCUUCAGUGGGAACCAGUAAAUGCAACAGCCCUGCCUGCGUCGAGGCCCGCACCCGGCGAGGAGCUGCGUAUUGCAUUGAGGACUCGAGAAGACCCACGAUGCAAUACAGGGAUUCUGUGGAUUCGCUGCGAGACUCGCCACACAGCGAGAGGUAUGUGUCUGCUCUGACAACACCAGCACGUCUGUCUCCUGUUGACUUCCAUUACUCACUUGCUGCACAGGUACCUACCUUCGAGAUCACCUCCCCCAAUUCUGCUCACGCGGUGUCCCUUCCACCUGCGGCACCCAUUAGCUUCCGAGUGGAAGAGCAGCAGCCUUUACUGCGACGCUAUCAGGUGCCCUUCCAGGAUAUGCAGAGAUAUGACAGUUACUACCAAAGGAAGAGCUACUUGAAUGAGAGCAUGGGGAGCCUGCCUUCGAGCCCCUUCCGCAUCACGGAGGAUGACGAGUAUGAAACGACACAAGAGUACAUCCCAGCACUAGAACAACCAAAGAAAACAGCUAGCAACAACAGGCGGUGGAAAAGAUCUAAACUCAACGGGCAGGUCUCACACAGAGCCCGGACGGUCAGAGACUCCUUCUCAGGAAGCAGUGCUUCAUAUAGUGAGUCUGAUGAGGAGCUCAUGGCGGAGAGCACCCCGUUCUUAAGCAUUCAAAACACUGAGGCAAUGAACACAGAUUCGCCGCCGCUGUAUCGGCCAGGAGACAGCAGGACUUACUAUUCCUUCGAGAGACAAAGCGCACAGUUGGAGAGCGGGCAAAGCAGAUCGACACACACGAGACCCAAACAGGACUCGGCUCCUCUUUAGAAGCCACACAAACUCACGCACCCACAAACACACCUGUAUCGAAAAGGAGGAAAGAUAUUUUUAUUUUGUAUAAAAGAGGAAAAAAUAUAACAAAUCAAAUGUUUUAUUUUCAUUUUAGCAAAGUUGUCUUAUAAUAGCUAACAGCAAAGACUUUUUUAUAGGGAAUCUCUAUUUAUAUGUAACAUCUUGACUUACAGCUUCCGAGAGAAAAACAAACACAAACAAAACAAAAUAAAUAAAUAAUAAUAAAAAAAAAGAUGGGCCAAUUUUUGACAACUUAAAAAUAGAAAAAAAAAUCGUGGUGCCUUUUUUUGCUGUAUGCUAAUGCCAGAGUCCAUGCUGAGGAUUACGUUUUAGUAGCAUUCUUAAGAUCAUAGGUUUUAGUUCAAGACAACUUACCAUGUUAAGGGCACUUUCCCAUUUGAAAAAACAGCACCCUCCACUUUGUCCCAUCUCUGGAUGUUUAUGAUCUCGUUCUUUAAAACAUUGUUAUAACACACAAAUUACAUGUGUAUGUAUGUUCUCAUGAAUACCUCCUAAGGGGAAUCCAUCUUGCCCACUCAAAUAGUUGUAGUUUUGCUUAUUUCAGGGUGGGGAAAUUACAUACCAGAAUACAGAAGUAAUGGGGUUUUUUUUGCAACAUAGGUAGGAAGAGGGGAAAAAAGCAUACAGUAGCAACAACCCUUACAAUAUAUUUGUUGACCGUGUUACUUGUGGGGUCCCAAGUAAAUUUCACUCAUUUUGGCACGGUUUUGUGAAGUUGUAGUCAAAUGAAUAAAACGUUUACAUGGAUGUGGUAAAAUAUUAUGUAUUUAUAUAUGGUUGAAUCCACUUUAUUGGUGCAGACCCUGAUGGGAAGGGAAACAGCCCAUUGCAGCAGUUACAGACAAGCACUCUCGCCUGGUCAAUUGUUUUAAAAGAUGGCAUUACAGUAUUACAAGAAACAAUGUGAAGCUUAGACAGGGUUACAUAUUGGCCAUGAUAGUACGGAAGAGUAGAGCAAAGGACAUGGAGAAGUUAGUGACAGCACGACCACCAGUAUAGCCCUGCUAGUUGCUGUGAAUCAGCUACAGAUAGUGUUGAGUGUGCUCCAUAUGCAAUUAAUCCCUGUUUAAAGUCACUGCAAUGCAUCCCCAGGACCCUGCCCCUGGCCAAUGAAACAGGCGGGCAAUGUAGCAGGAAAGCCAGUCAGUGGAUUCUUCUGUAUCCAUGUGCCGUAUAUUGUAAAGAAAGUUGUUAUUGUAAUGUGCCAGUGUUAACAUAAUAACUUGCUAUCAAAGAUGGACAUCAUGUUUGGGGCAGCCCUGGCCCCUGGCUCAAAGAGACAGUGCUGUGUGUCCAAGCAACGGAACAUUCACAUGUGAAAGUGCCCCUCCUUUCAGUUCACUGCAGCAACCCUGUUUACAUUGUAGCCUGACAUUUCUUUUUAUAUUUUCACUUCUGCAUGUCCUUUGCAUUUCAGAUACUGUAGAUUGGAUGCAUGGUGAAGCUGUGACUGAGAAGAUAAUACAACAAUUGACAGUUUAUUUCAUUUAACUUUUAGCAAUAAAGUAACUAAACCCUCUAUUCCUCACCCACAAUGGGGUCAGAUGGAAACUCUGCUAAUUAGUCAUAAGAUGAUUGUAAACAUUUGCUCUGGAUUGUCUGAAUGUCUGAACUCUUGACUGUUUAACAC